AUUCAAUCAAUUACAAUCAUGUUCCGAUUUGUCUUGGUACUUUGCGCAGUUGCCUUCGCAGCAGCUAACCCAAGCGGUUCUCGCGUUGUCAACGGAAAAGAUGCCGUUCAUGGUCAAUUCCCCUAUCAAGCUUUGGUUUACGUGAAAACUGGACUUGGAUCUGCUCUCUGCGGUGGUGUUGUUCUUGACAAACACUACGUUCUUACCGCUGCUCACUGCGUUGUUGCCGGCAAGUCUUACGAAGUUCACUUGGGUGCCCACAAACGCUCCGAUACCAACGAAGAACACCGUGUCGUCUACAAAACCACCCAUGGCAAGGCCCAUCCCGACUACAAUGCCAAGAACUUGAACAACGAUCUCGGUUUGUUGUACUUCGAAGAGGAAUUGAAAUUCAACAAAUUCGUCCAACCUGCCAAAUUCUUCAAACAUCACGUCGAAGAUGCCACGAAAGUACUUGUUAGCGGAUGGGGAUUGACUCGUGACCACGGAAGCCCAGCUGAAGUUUUGCAAUAUGCUCCCUUGUUGACGGUUCCCAACCAAAAAUGCGCCGAUGUCUACUCCAACGAUGUCGUUAAAGAGACCGUUGUUUGCACCAAGGAGUUCGAUAACAACCAAAGCUCUUGCAACGGUGACUCUGGCGGUCCUUUGGUUCUUGCUGAUACCCAUGAAUUGGUUGGCGUCGUUAGUUUCGGACAUGUUGGUGGCUGCGAAAAGGGAUAUCCAGCUGGAUUCACUCGUGUCAACCACUACAUGGACUGGCUUGAGAAGGAAACUGGCAAGCAAUUCUAAGUGAAAAACGAAGAUUUUUAUAAAUUCCUCUCUGUAAAUUCAUUUAAAAAUGUUUUAAA